AAUCGCGUUAGUCGUCAGUUUUGCGCCACACGGCAAUGGCGUAUGGUGUUAGUGAUUUCGUAUCAUCAUUCAUACCCUGCCGACAGAUGAUAUUGUGGUCUUUUCAAAACGAACAACGCGAGUGCACUUAAAUCGUUACUCGAAAGAUUAUUGCGUAUGUGACUAAUUUAAAAAAAACUGUGGUGCAACGAUCUCACAGGAUCCUGGAUGAUCUACAAGUGAUCCAAUAUGGCGUCGACCGAUCUGUCGUUCGAUCUCUUCCUAGUAUCACAAUACUAGACACACUGUUAAUAUCAUUUACAUUUACCAUUUGAGGUUAGUUUACGCAAUAACGGUUUACGUAAAUGUCCCACGGUUUUCCCCCAAGAUUGACCUUCACGUCAAUCUUUUUUAUUUUCGUGAAAAGUGACACUCGGUAACUUCUCGCGAAGUGAUGUACUUUUAUUUUGCUUUUCGUCGCCGUAACCAACCAGGCUGCAUACCAGCGUUCUACAGAGAAGUCUACGAGAAGAUCUGCUCUCCCACGAGUGGAAAUGUGGAACGAGAGGUGUUUAAAUCCCUUCUUGUCAAGUCCCAGCUGAGCAGCUCUGUUCUCAGCCAGAUAUGGGAGCUGGUAGACAGCAAGAUGGGUUACCUAACCAGAAGUGGACUGUACAAGGGUCUUGCCCUAGUCGCUUUUGCUCAGCAAGGCAAACACCCGAGUGACAAACUUUUGGAGAACUCUGAAUCUCAAGAAUUACCAGUUCCUGUACUGGGUGAUCUAUCUGAAGUUACACUUUUGGCUCAAAGGCUCCACAAAAGUAGCAAUCCUGCUAAACUGAAUCUCACUUAUUCAGAUAUAUGUAAUUUGGACACAAUAGAAGUUAAUUUGGUGCCUGAGAAGAAAGGAAUUUUUCUAAAACACGUGGAAUACCAAGUAACAAGCAAGAGAUUUAAUUCCAUCGUUUAUAGACGUUACAAUGAUUUCGUAUCGUUACACGAACUUCUUCUGGCAAGAUUUCCAUACAGGUUGAUACCGAAGUUACCACCGAAGAAAAUUGUUGGAGCGGAUUCUCAAUUUCUGGAAGAAAGGAGAAGAUCCCUUUUAAGAUUUCUCACCGUAAUCGCUCGCCAUCCUGUAGUGAGCAAAGACCAUAUCGUACAGUUCUUCUUCACGUACACCGGCGAAGAAACCCAACACAAAAUUCGCGAGGUAUUCAGGCGAAUACCGGACGAAUUUGCGACCUCGGAGUUAUCCUCGAGAGCGAAGGAAUUAGUGCCGCCGGAAACCCUAACCGAAUUCGCGAACAGCCGGGACCAAAUCAGAGUGAUACUUCUUGGGAUCUCUCGGCUGAAAAACAUUGCUGAUUGCCUAGCAAUUAGAUCGCACAGCUACGCAGUAGACAUGGCGGAAUUAGGCACGCAGUUAAGCAAUUUAGCCUCGGAACCACAUGGUACCACCACUUGGGCCAGUGGUGGUUCUACCGUUUGGCAAGAAAUGAAGAAGGGUUUCCACAUUAUUUCAAAAGAAUUUAAUCUACUUUCCACGAGAGCUCUUCAGCAAGCAGUGAGAGAAGAAACUAUGGUAUGUGAAAGGCUGAAUCUUCUUCUGGAUGUCUUAGUAGCGCAUAGAAUAUUAUGUGAGAGGCACGAGCGCGGAGUUAGUGCUGAUCAUCAGCGUGCAUUGUCUACUAUGUUAUCCUUAAAGAAGCGGCAAAUGCAAGGAGUGAUUCGAGGCACUGAUAGUGAUACGGUUGAGUACCUGGAAAAUAAGAUGGUCGCUCAAGAAUCGGUGAUCGCCAAUGUUGAACUGCGAAAUUGCUUCUCAUUACAUUGUUUACACAUGGAGACACAACUCGUUCAUGCACAUUUAGAAAUACUCGCUACGGUUUUACAGAGUCUUGUAAAUGUGCAGAUUCGGGGACAUUCUGAGCUUGCUGAAGUGUGGAAGUUAAUAGAACCAACGAUUAUGAAAUGUUUACCAGAGAAAUCAACGAGUGGUUCAAAUGGAAUUUCAUAGCGAAGAGAAUGUGUUUACCGUCGAACACUUACCUGCUACAUAAAUUUGACUUUUAGAUAGAUCUUGAAGUAAUGUCAAGGUAAGACUUGCUUUAAUAAGAUGGUUGUUUGAAAGAAAAGACUUUCAAAGUGAUUUUAAUAUAUGACUUCAAAGCAUUCGUAUCGUAAUAAGAAAGCAUCGAAUAUAUCCGAACAUGAUACUAAAUAUAUUACAUGUAAUCGUAAUAAAUGCUAAUAAUUUUCUAAAGUCAGGUGCAAUAAAUAUUACCUACACUAAAGUGUAGACGCGGGAUAUUGUAUAUGCUAUUAUACCAUGAACAUAUACAAUUUCAAGACUUUUAAGACAUUCCUUGUUGUGUACUUAAUAUAUUUUAUGAGUUGAUUGGUACUCGCGAAUCAGAUGAUUAUAUCAUGUUGUACAUAUAUAUAAUAAGUUACACUAUCUUUUGUAAAGUAAUUGCACAAUACAUAAAAAAUAUCUGUAUAAAAACUGCAAACAAUUGUAAAUAAUUUGUUUACCAAGAUACUAUGUUUUUAUAUGAGUCAGAAGUCUGAAGAGUGUUAACAUAAUUUCCAUAUGCCAUGUUGAUCGUGGAUACUUUGAAUAUUUUAUAUACAUUUAUAUAUGAUACUCGAUUUUGUAUAAUAAUAACAAAAUAUAUGUUGUUA